CUAUAGCUGAACCGCCGCGUUGUUCUUUAGCAACAUGAGCCCGUUAGCUGUGUACUUAACUCAUCCCUCUCGCCAAUCGCCGUGGACGUGAUGCAAGGGUUAAAUUGCUGAUUUAAUUGGGCUGUUGUAACAAGCUUUUCAAGAGGUUAUAAUACCGGAUUUGAUUGAUUUUAAGUUUGAAAAUAAAAAUUCAAACUACAUUCAUUGCUACAUUGAAGUAAGUUGACGUUUUCUAAGUAGACUUUUUUUUUUAAGUUGACGUUUUCUAAGUUGCGUUUUCUAAGUUGACGUUUUCUAAUUUAAUCAAGUUAACAGUGUAGGUCUGCGAGUUUGAGCUCAAAGUUGCCUGGGUAUUAUUUAUUUUUAUUCAACAUUCUGGAUGUCAUGGUGCUUUGAUUGACUUCACAACAUCCCUGCAAACGGCAAGUUGACUUAUCAUCGACGAUUUAAAAACUUUGGACAAUUCAUUUUCCAGAAAUUAAUUUUACCGCUGAACUUGCAAGUGGGCACGUGACAGAGCUUCGGAGGAGCGUGUUUUAUUCACGUGUCAUGUUUGCGUUGACAAGGGAGUGUACGAUGUUUGUGUGUGUGUGCAAGUGUAUGUCGAUUUUUAAUAAACAGGAGAGGAAAAUAUUUUUUUUUAUGUUGAGUGAGGGUGAAAAUAAUAUGUUACUAUAGCGGACAUUCAACUCUGACCAAAGAAUGCGACUGGGGUCGUAUAAAUAUAACAGUAUAAAAGUAAACGACUGAAGUUAAGGCGUCAGGCAAUUAAUUAUCUGUUGUUGUUGUUGUUGCGUGUUUGUUUGGUCUAUUUGAUUCAAUCUAUUUCAUGCAAAGUCAAAAAAGUGAUUAUAAUCCUGAAGAACCAAACAUAUAUUUAUUUCGUAGUUUGUGAAAAUGAUCAAUUUAUUGCUCUGAAAACCAUCGUAUUUGAUGUGUUGGCUCCUGAGACAGACGAAAUUUCGGCUUCGGUUCAGUGCCGAAAGUUGCCAUUCAAUCACUUUCGGCGUAUUUUCAGUUUCAGGCGAAACAGAAAAGUUAACUUUCAGUUUUAUUGCGGUUUCGGUCGAAAGUGAUUUGAGACUUUCGGCGAUCUGUCAUAUGAAUCCCCAGUGCGUAGGCUACAUAAUAUAUGGACUACCCCUUAAUUUAGCAGGGUGGGGAGAAGUGUGUGAACAUAUGUUGUUGUUGUUGUUCUUUUGCGUACGUCAUGCAUCACUCUAGCAUUCAAAUUUGGCUACACUGACGGGCGUGUACAUUGACGGGCGUGUACAAUGACGGGCGUGUACAUUGCAUGGCGUGUACUUUGACAGGCAUGUACAUUGACGGGCGUGUACAUUGACGGACGUGUACAUUGACGGGCGUGUACAUUGACGGCCGUGUACAUUGCAGGGAUGAAUUUAAUUUUAAUGCCAUCAUAAAUUUUGAAUUGGAGCUCAUUUUAUUUGAAUUUUUUUUUUUAAUGCAUUCUCAACUGCUCCGCGUAGUAGCGUUAUAUUUUGAAAUAUUGUAUGAGAUUUAAUAUGCGGCAUUUGAAAACUAUUUUAAGAAGUCAAAAAGCAGUUGUACAAUUUUAAUGCCCCAAUUUUGUUCCACCACUGCUGUUCCCAUUCCCACAAUACAGCUUUUAAUACAAGAUAUUUAAGCAAAACAUACCAAUAAAACAUCCAUAAUUGCAUAGGCUGAGCUUUCCAUCUAUACUAGGGUGACCAAGCGUCCCGUAAAAACGGGAUUGUCUCGUUUUUUCACGAGCGUACCCGGUGUCCCGAAAAAGUCUCUCGGGACGCUUAACUGCCCCGGUUCUAAAACCAAACACAUUUUUUAAAUCACAUGGCUGCACUGUUCCCCCUCCACCACUCUGCCGACGCUGCAAAAAUUAUAGUUUUCGUUUAUGAUAUGCCUCGGAGUUUAAAUCAAAUUACAAAAGUGAAGGUAAAUUUUUAAAGAAUUCUAGGUCUCUAAAUAGUUAAAAUGAGAAUAUUUCAAUAAACAGUUUCCGGCGGAGGCCCCCCGGACCCCUCUUUAGCUGGAGUGUACCCCCUCCCCCAAACCCUCCUUGAGUGUGUCCCGUUUUUCUCAGUUCAUGAUUUGGUCACCCUAAUCUAUACCAAAUGUGUCUAGGUAGCGUUGUAAUAAUAUUGCAUGAAUCCCCCCCCCCACACCUUUUUUCCAAGUCAAAUUUUUCUCUUAUCAUACAACUUUAAAAUUCAUUUUAACAAAUUUAAAUUACUUUUUAAUUCCAAUGGUAAUAGCCAAAGUAUUCGUUAGAUGCUUAUCUAUUAAAACUCAAAAUGAUCUCAUUUUUUUUAACAACAAUAGUGAACAUUUUGAUUCUUUCCCCAUCAUGUUUCGAUGUAUGAAGAACAUUAGGCGCAAUCGAAUUUCAAAACAUCUAAUUAUUUCGGCUUCGGUUUGGACCACAAGUCUCAGUAGGCCUUUGGUUUUGGCUUCGAUUUCGACCCGAAAGUCUCGUUAAGCUUUUUGUUUCAGCUUUGGUUUCAGCCGAAAGUCAUUUUUAAAUAACUUUCGGUCUAACUUCGGUUUCGGCUGAAAUCAGAAAAUCAGUUUCGGUUGGCUUUCUGUAUUUAUUUCUCUGAAAAACCAUGUAGUAGAUGAUUAGAUGUGUUGGCUCUUCUGCGCACGAGUUACUUGUUAUAAAAUACUGAACCAUUCCUUAUUGACUGAAUCCCUUAAUAUUGACUGAACCAUUCCUUAUUGACUGAAUCCUUUAAUAUUGACUGAACUCCUCAAAAUUGACUGAACCAUCCUUAUUGAUUGAACCCCUCAAUAAUGUCUUAACGAUUCCUUAUUGACUGAAACCUUCCAUAUGGACUGAACCCUUCCUUAUUGACUGAACCCUCUUCGAAAUGACUGAACUCUCCCCCCCCCACCCACCCUAAUUGAAAAAUGACUUAACCACUAGGAUAUAAAAAAACACGCUUUUCAAAGAAAAUACUUAAAGUUUUUAUAUACAUGUCCCUCAACACGUCAGAGUUGUUACAGUCACAAGCGUUCAAAAGGCGUGACCAUUCAUAUUCCUCUAAUGAUAGAAGCUCUACGUACCGUGCUACCCAGCAGGGACCUCAUCGUUUGCUCUACCUUAAUACUUAAUACUUAAGGUAAAUGCACUUCACUCAAAGUGCCAUCAAGUUAUACCAGGAGUGUGAGCUGUAUACCAGGAGUGUGAGCUGUAUACCAGGACUGGGAGCUGUAUACCAGGAGUGGGAGCUGUAUACCAGGACUGGGAGCUGUAUACCAGGAGUGGGAGCUGUAUACCAGGAGUGGGAGCUGUAUACCAGGAGUGGGAGCUGUAUACCAGGAGUGGGAGCUGUAUACCAGGACUGGGAGCUGUAUACCAGGAUUGGGAGCUGUAUACCAGGACUGGGAGCUGUAUACCAGGAGUGGGAGCUGUAUACCAGGAGUGGGAAAUGUAUACCAGGAGUGGGAGCUGUAUACAGGACUGGGAGCUGUAUACCAGGACUGGGAGCUGUAUACCAGGAGUGGGAGCUGUAUACCUGGAGUGGGAGCUGUAUACCAGAAGUGGAAGCUGUAUACCAGGAGUGGGAGCUGUAUACCAGGAGUGGGAGCUGUAUACCAGGAGUUGAGUUGUAUUACAGGUGUCGGGGCUGUAUACCAGGAGUCGGGGCUGUGUACCAGGAGUCGGAGAUGGUAGCCGGAGUUGUAUACCAGGUGUCGUUUCUUUGUACCAGGAAUGUGAGCUGUAUGCCAGGAGUCGGAGCUGUAUAACUCGUUUCGCCAUUUCAUUCAUUUACUAAGUUUGAAAGCAGUCCUUUCAUUUAUAUUUUCUAGCUGUAUACCAGGAGUGGGAGCUGUACACCAUGAGUCGGAGCUGUACACCAUGAGUCGCAGCUGUAUACCAGGCGUUGGAGAUUUAUUUCAGGAGUGGGAACUGUAUACCAGCAGUUCGGUCUUAAUCACCCCACCCUCUGCACCCCCCCCCCCGCCAUUGACACAUUAUGAUUCACCCCAUGCAUGCAUUCAUGUCCUGACCGGUAUGUGCUCGCUCGACAAAGGUGGUGUGUCCUCUGUGUGUGCCUGUACCUGUGGAGCUGUACACCACGAGUCGCAGCUGUAUAACCGGCGUUGGACAUUUAUUACAGGAGUGGGAACUGUAUACCAGCAGUUCGGUCUUAAUCCCCCCACCCUCUGCCCCCCCCCCCCCGCCAUUGACACAUUAUGAUUCACCCCAUGCAUGCAUUCAUGUCCUGACCGGUAUGUGCUCGCUCGACAAAGGUGGUGUGUCCUCUGUGUGUGCCUGUACCUGGAUUUUAUGAUCUAGAAUCUAGUUUCUAGAUUCUAGAGAAAUAUUGACACGGGAACUUAUUCACUCUGACUUCAGAUCUACUAAAAAUAAUAUAAGCACUUAAUAUAAUAAUCAAAAAUCAUGUGUGGGUUUCCUUUUACAUAAGUGAGUGUUAAUCCCCCCCACACCAUCCCCCUCUUGUUUCUUGUUGUAUUUUUAUACAUUCUAUUUAACUUAGGGUGACCAAAAGUCCCGUAAAAACGGAAUUGUCCCGUUUUUUCACGAUCGUACCCAUUUUCUCGAAAAAGUCUCUCGGGACUUCUAAAUGUCCCGUUUUUUGUUUUUUUUAACCAAACAUAUUUUCUAAUCACUAAAACGUCCUAAUUUAUAACAUAACUUCAAAUAAUAUUUUAGCUAGCUGUGUAGCCAGUGCCAGUAGUGAUGUGGGCUCGCGUGAUGGCUGCUCCGUUCCCUCUCCACCACAGUGUCUCUGUCAUAGAUCUUAUAUUAAAUAUAUAGCGAAAGACACGAGACUUGGAGCCACAGGGGGUUGGGGGGGGGGGGAGGAUGUAACUGUGCAGAAAACAAUUUUGAUCCCACGACCGCUACGUGUAAUGUGUUGGUCUUAUGUAUGAUCCUACCGGCCUGUUCGUGUCAGAGUGACAGAUGUUUGUUUUGGGUGUUGAACUUUUAUUAUUUAAUUUUAUAUUAUCUUCUCAUGUAAACAAUAAUUAUACCCACGCGUCAGUGUAAGUUUAUGGAUGAGUAUUCCAAAGAGUGGAACUAUAUUUAAAAAAGACGCUAUGAAAGUGAAGUCGAGUGCACAGUUUGCAUAAUGUUUUUAGUAUUGGUCAUGGUGGACGUUCAGACAUAAAACAACACAUCACAUCAGUGAAACAUAGGAAAAGACUGAGUGCCCAAGUAGAUUUCUAGGUUAGAUUUCAUAGUUAAAUGAGCAUAUUUCAAUAAACAGUUCCGGCCGAGGCCCCCGGACCCCUCUUUAAGUGGAGGGUAUUACCCCCUCCCCCCCCCCCCAAAAAAAAACCCCAAAAAAACAAACAAACAAUGGUUAGAUUUCAUAGUUAAAUGAGCAUAUUUCAAUAAACAGUUCCGGCCGAGGCCCCCGGACCCCUCUUUAAGUGGAGGGUAUUCCCCCCUCCCCCCCCCAAAAAAAAACACCAAAAAAACCAAAAAAAAAACAACAACAAAAAACAAACAAACAAACCAGCAACAAAACAACCGUCCUUGAAAGCGUCCCGUUUUUUCCAAAGCAUGAUUUGGUCACCCUAAUUUAACUUGCCAUUUUGGGUCAAAUCUUGAAACUCAAUUUUGACCCACUUUCCGACGUCCUAAUGAGCUGAAAUGUUGUUCACUUAACAACCCCAAAUGACAAUACAACACUUCAUAAUCGAGUAGGUCACUAGAUACCGUCACUGACCCCUGAGUAACCUAGGCGGGUCAAAUAUUGCAUCUCAAUUUUGACCGACUUCCCGACCUCUAUUUGAGCUGCAACAACUCUGAAGCUUUUUUGUUAUAUUUUUUUCGGGGGCGGGAGGGGGGUGUUGAUUACUUUGGCCUUGGGUUGUUUCCCUUAGAAAGUAUCUUGUCUUAAAACGUUCCAAAUAGCUAUUCAAAAAUCAUGUUCACAUUCAGGCAUAGGCCUAUGUCGAUUUCCAUUAGUAUCAGCACGGGUCUUAUUUUGUCGUUAGGAUUUCCCAACCGCUUUUUUAAAAAAAAUUGUUAUUAUUAUUUUUUUUGUUUGUUUUGUUUACAUGGCUGGGUUGUUUGCCCUGCGCACAACCGUCUAUGGGAACUGCCCCUUACAGCUCUCUAGGUAGCUGCCUAAAUUUUCGGGUAAGGUUCCCUGGCUUUGGUGAACCCUUCCCCUUCUUUCAAGUCAGUGGGUUCUGAUUUUGUCAGCACCUAGUAUUUUAUUUCCCCAGUUUCUGAACUUUUCCCCACAUUUGCUAAAACAUAAAAUACAUUUUAUGUCUGUGUUUUGUGGGGGAUCGUUGGUGGGUUCCUAAACUUUUUUUUCACGGACUUCACGACUUGACCCUAGGCCCCUUGCAGUAAACUUUCCGUGAAUUUCACCACAGUCUCGAGUACAACAUCGUGAUUUUUAUACCCUUUUUUUUUCCAGUAGGAAAGUUUACUACUGCCACACCGGAAAUUGAUUUAAAGCUGGAGAGGUCUGAAUUUCACGGAAGUUCUACCGCUAAAGGUUGUGUAUAAAAUUAAAUCUUAAGAUUAAUGUAAUUAAGGUAACCACUACAGCUACACUAAAUCCAGGCAUAAAAAACUAUUUAAUAAAAGCCUAAGAGGUAGUCGUUGCAUUUCCAUUUAUUAGCCUACUACUCUUGACUGUCAAUAAUUUUCAAAGUCAAAAUGCAGAAAAUUUGAAGUCCUGACGCUGCCUAAAUAAAACUCUGAAACAUUUUUGGCUGAUUCUUAAUUUUCACCCCAUGACGUGAUCUCAGUGUCCACUGUCACUGUGAUCUGACACCAGUGCAUGAGUUAUUACUCAAACUUCAAUUUAAAACACCUGAAAUGGUCAGAGAGUAGAAUUGUCCUAAUAAACGUGUAGUGUGAGAAUUUUUUAAUUUUUAAAAAUGUUUUUUGAAAUUCAGUUACUUUGACUUUAGGUCAGGUUCAUGAGUAAAAAACAUGGAAAAAAUGAGAACUCAGUUGACAACUGCCAAGGUCAAGCCUCAUUUAACGCAUUAUAUAUCAUAUACCACUGAUUUACUGACUGAUUUUUGAAACACAAAUUAUAUUAACCGGCACUUAUGUUAAUUACAGAUGGCAGAAUUUAAUCCUGGAACUUCCAGUGGAAGGGCACGUGGUCGUGGUCCCAUUAUGAAGAAGCCUCCUGAAGAGUCUGUACGACCUGGCCAGGCUCCUUCACAAACAGAUAGCCAAAGAGUAUUGGUAAGUUCUCAUUAUGUAUAGAGUUGGUUUUCAUAAAAAUCUUAACUCUAUACUCCUUGCAUUUUUCAAUUUUUUCUUGAGAUUUCUAGUGACCUUACAAUGAACAAAAGUUAAUAACUUUUAGAAUCCAUGUCUUAAGUUCAUGAUGUUGAUAUCAAUUUGUGGAGAAAUGCACGAUGUUUCUAUAGAUGUUUGUUUCUAAACAUAUAAUUUCAGCAAUAACUUUUGAAAAAAGUAAUGCAUAAUAAUUGGUAAAUGAAAAUGUGUAAUAAAUUUUUAGCUGAUCAGAUGCAAUGAAGGAAAAAAAAAACUACCUGGAAUUAUUUAGAUCUAAUAAAAUAUCUUUAUUCAGAAAGAAAAUUCAUUUUUGUAUGUCAUAAUUUAGAACAUUUUGUUAUUGUUAUGAGCAUAUGACCAAAUAUAAAAUAUUUUGUAAAAUGUGUAAGAAAAUGGGAAAUUUAAAAAAAAAAAAAAGUUCACAGACCUGUUUACUCUUACGAUUUUGGCGUACAAUGUACGAUUUUGUGGCGUAUACAUUAUAUAUGCUGUAUGUUUAUUUUUUACUAUUAAGAUAAUGUAUUAAACGAUUUUGUCAUGAUAUUGUACGACUUUAAGAGUUUGAGGGUAAACAGGUUUGAGUUCACCAACCCUCUUCUAAGUAUUUACAAAAAUUACAGGUUAUUGUUAUUUUAACAUUUUAAAAUUAUUUCCACAUUUCAAAACAUAUCAGUAGACAAUUGAAACUUCAUGGUAUUCAGUUUCUUGUUUUUUUUUAGAACAAAGGUGUCACAUGUACACAUUUUGAUUUUGGAUUUCUUAAUACUUUUGUUGUUGCUUUCCUAAUUUAUAGCACACUGUAUAAUUUCAACAAUAAGAGGUUCAAACAAAAAUAGUGCAUAAUUUUGUUAAAUUUGUGCAGUCAGGAAUUAUUGGAUGUAUUCUAUAUUGUAUUUUGUGUUCUUUACAUUUGGGGCCCUUGGAAAUUAUCAGUUUUAGUAAAUCACCUAAUGCUUAAAAGAUUUCCACUGUGAGGUCAGAGAGUUAAAUAAUAGAUAGGUUUUUUUCAUCAAUAUCCAGAUAUUCUUUUCAACUAUCCUAAAGGAGUUAUAGCUGGCAAUAUCAAUAAAAUUAAAAAAGGGCCUGUCCAGUGCUGAUCUCAUUAUUUAGUGUGAUAUAUAUUUAUCAACUGGUAUACAGCACACAGGAAUGAAUUGUAUGAUUUCAAAAUCUGAUUUGACAAUAUUUGGGUUUCUUACCAAUAAUUAUGUUCCUCAGAAGAUUUACUCACAUAGAAAUUGAUUCAUAUUUUCACGAGUAAUAUUUUCAUAGCAAUUGCCCUGCAACUUUGAUUAGCCUCAAAUAAAAAUGUGCCUAAGGUGGCCACUUUCACUUUGGCAUGUCUUGUGUUUCUCAAACUCGCAAAACAUAUCAAAAACAUUAAAAUUUAAAUUUUUCUUCCAAAUAUACGAUGACAAAAAUAUAGAAUAAUUUUAAAGAUACAAAAUUUAAUGUGAGAAAAUGACCCGCAUAUAUAUGAGGAAUGAAAAGAAUUAAAUUUUAAAAAUAUUCAUUACAGCCUGGUUUAACUAAAGGAGCAAAAAAAGUUUUUAAAAACCCAAUAACAAACUGCCCCACUUCUUUUUAUUCCUUAAUAUGCUAGAUGUCACAAAGCAUGGGGAGUGAAGCUUUUUAUGUCGUUUGAAUGAUUGACGCAAAUAAAUAGGGCUUUUUGAGUUCCUACAUUUAAACACUAAAAAUAUGAAAUUUUUAUUUCAUUUAAGAAAUUGCAAAACAUACUUGUGAAUUUAUCACAGUAAAAUAAACAUUUGUAUGGCAGUAGCAUAAAAAGAUUUAUUAAACACCUUACUUUCAAUUUUUUAAAUAAAAAAAAUCACUUUCAGUUAAUUGAUUUGAUUCCCUGUUAAAUAUUUUUUUUAGAAGCGACUUCAUCUAUCAUUAACUUGUUCACUUUUCUGCAUAUUUUUAUCCAGCAAAUUCUGUAUGCUAAAAAAUAAUGCUGAUAUUGCAGCUUGUAUUUUUCAAGGAGCUUCUAUGGUGAGAGAAAGGUCUAAUGAAAAUAAUGCUGAUAAACAAAUAAGCAUUUGAUUUACAGGGACUUUCUAGGGCUAGAGGAAGGUCUCAUGAAAGGACUCCAAGGAUUGAUCCUGGUGUACUUGGAGAUGUGAGAAGGCAGGUCUCUGAAAGACUGCCAGAUAAUCCUAAAAUGCCAAAGGGGGAUGCUGUUGCUCAAAGUGGUGACCAGGAGCACCUGUCUGAGAGAAUGGGAGCAGUAAGACUCUCUAAACGCACUGCAUAUGAUAAAUACACUAUGGAUGAGUGGAGGCCAGCAUCAAAUAAAAAUUAUGGUAUUUAUUUCUUAUGAAUUAUGAGUUUAAAUAUUUUUCUUUUAAACGUAGUUGAAGAAAAACGUAUGUUCAUGCUAAUAAGUAAAAACUUAAAAAGUGUUUGGCUGUAUGUCAUACAAACUAGUGGGCACUCCAGGUAGAUCUUGGCUGUAUGUCAUACAAACUAGUGGUCACUCCAGGUAGAUCGGACUCUUCACCCGUGGAUGGUGAGUCUUCUAAGAGCAGGAAACCUAUGACUGCAAACCCUGCAGCGGAAACAAAAUGCUCAAGAAACCUAGGAGAAAAAAAACUAUAUUGCCAACCGUAUGGCUAAUCACCAAAUUUACUCUGUACAAGCGAACAUAACAAUUAAAAAUAAUUGCAAAGUUUUUUCUAAAAUUCAUCUUUGUGGUGAAAUUACUUAUAUUAUUCAGAGAUGGGGAUGACUCAUGUUUGAGUAAUCACCUGCUUGUGUCUAGGUGUUUUACAUUUAAUUCAUUUCACUCAUGAGGAUAAUUUUUCAAUCAUAUGCACUCAUGUGUAAAUCAAAAGAAGUCUAUAACCAAUUUCAUAGAAAUGAAAUGAACUUAUUUAUUUACAUUGAAAUUACAGAACUUCAUAGAAGUUAUAAAAAUGUAAGGAUUAGAGAAUUCAUAUUCAUAGCAUAUGCUAAUAGCUUUGAUUGUAUACCAUUUACAAUAUAUGGUCUAAGGACUAUGACUAUAUGGGGCUCCCAUAUGGCCUAAAAUUAUUCAUUGUACUCAUUGCCUUGCAAUAAAAUUUGAUAUGAUAUAAGACCGUUUAUAACUUAUUAAUAUAAAAUAAUUGAUGAUCUGGCUUGAUCGAUCAAUAUAGGAGGUCACCCGAAAGUCCAUUCCUUCAUGGCCUCUCUUAAGUGGUUGUCACAACAGUGCAUUGUGGAAUAGCCUGUACAAUGUAGGAUGUGGACUUCCCAUGGGUGUUUCUUGGGUGUAGAUUUCUUGCAAAUUGUGGUCAUAUAAAUCACAGUCUUGGAAUUUGGAUGUCCAGCUUGAGUUCAUCACAAUGUUAAGGAAAAAUUCUAUCCGCUCCAUUAUUUUUUCCACUACAAAAAUUGAAAAUGUCAGAGGUCGUUACUGUUAUUUAAAACUGUUAUCUUUAUUAUUUUAUUUAGGAACCAGCGGCACUAAAAUCGGGCUGAGAUCAAACUAUUUUGACGUUUGUUUGAAUGAAGAUCUACACAUUUUUCAAUAUCAUGUGGCUUUUAAGCCAGAAAUUGAAAAUGUGAGAAUCAAAUACUCUUUGAUAGCUCAACUUUCAAAUGUUCUUGGGACUACAAAGUGUUUUGAUGGAGCAAUCCUUUAUUUACAAACCCUCUUACCUAAGGAUGUAAGUACUGGAAUUUUAUAGAGAUGCACUUUAACUACUCUGAAAAAAAAAUAAGAAAAGGAUUAAAGAAAGUUCAUUUUUCCAUCAAAAUUUAAAAAAGAAACUGAAUUAAUCAUGGUAUUAUUUAGUAUUUUGAAACCAAAGUCUCGCAAUUACAGAGAUACAAAUUGUGGUAAAAUAUUAUGAAUCUAAUAAAGGCAAUCAUUUAUCUCUUCCACAUAGAAUUUCAGUGGGCUUAAUAAAAUCAUACUUUUUUAAAUGUGCAAAUUUCCUUAUUUCACAUGCAUAAUGUUGAGAUUAAAAGUUAAAAAUAAAAUCUUUUGGGGUGAAUGUGUGUGUCAGACCUAUUUACUCUUACGAUUUUUGCGUACAAUGUCUGAUUUUGAACGUCUUUUACGCUUGUACGCCAAUACCUGUCAGAACUAAGAUUUUAAGAGACUGGGUUGAGAAUAAAUACAUUCCGGUAAUUCUUAGGAUUUUAAAAAAAUUAAUGAAAAGAAUAUUUUCCGUUGUUAGUUUAAACUGGUAUUUGCACUCUUCAUCCAACAGUGAAUUGAUCGAGAAAUACAAUUGGUUGGGGACCAUAUAUAAUUAUGUUACAUUUGCCCUGAAAGGAAAGGGGAAUGGAGAGGUGUUGAUAUAGGAGAUUUUUAACAGGUGGGCGGUGAGGGGGGGGGGCUAAGAUUUAAAUCUAUAAGAUUAACACCGCCACGUUUUCGCCAGAAUUUUGUAAUGACAGUGGUGAUGGUCAUACUGUUUUUUUGCGUUUUCAUAAUGAACUCGUUAAGCACAACAACAGUAACAUUAUCUUAGUCGCCCAAGCAACAAUUUUAGUCAAUCUGAGGCAAUCCUUAUAGUACGUACACAUUGAGGUGGGAGAGGGCUUGUCCAUUUUUAAGAUUUUGCCUACGCAUGUGUGUAUAUAGCCAGGCUGGGGGUGUGUGUCUCGGCAGAAAGUAGCAAUUCUGCGGAGGUCCCUUAUGGACAACCCCUAUAUGAUUUUAUAACACUGCUAAAAAAAAUGCUUUUUUUCGAAAUCUGUUAACCAAAUAGCAGGGGUCCUCAAACUUUUAAUCCUGGGGGCCGGUUCACAUUCCUCUGCUACUUGCGGGCUGGUUCACUAGUUAUUAAUUUGAAAAUAGAAAGUAUGAAUUUCCUAUCUUAAUCAUACCCUUAUAUUAUCGCUUGGAAAAAAGCAGGAAAAAACAUGUUAUUAGUAUUUCAAUACGAAGUAUGGGUCUGCUUUGGGCUUAGAUGGACAAUGUCUGAUUCCAUAUUUGUUCUUGCUAUCAUAUUUUGGUUGUAAUUAAAUCAUUUUUUUUUCAGCCUAUGACAUGUUUGACAACGCGUCAAGAUGACUCAAAAGUUAACGUCACGUUUACUUUUGUUUGUGAGGUCUAUGCAAAUACACCCCAAUUUUUGCAAAUUGUAAAUUUGCUUUUUAAAAGGUGUGCACUGAGACACAAUUUAAAAUUAACUAUUGGUAAUAUGUAAAAAUUUUAUAUCACUUUCAUACCAAUUUUUCAACUGUUAUAUUUAAUGUUAUUAUUAUGUAUAAAUUUUUAUCUCAAAUAUUUUAUUACAUGUUCUUAUUUUAUAUAGAGCACAAGUGGCCCUUCAAAUGAAGCUAAUCAGGCAUAAUUUCUUCAUGCCCCAGCUGAGUAUCCAAGUGAAAGAGCACAAGUGAGGCAUUCAAUUUAUAUCUAAUUUUUUUUUGUAAUUUGAAAGUACCACUACUCAUAACAUUUAAUAAAUGCAGCUAUUGUUUCUGAAUACUUCAAAUCACAAAAUUAACUCACUAAAAAUUAACCACCUGAAAAACUGACAUUUCAAGUGGUAAGUGUCCUACAGUGCUAAAAAAGUCAGCUCUUUUUUCUUUAAAUUUACCAUGUAUAAUGGCUAAGGUUCUUGCGUAAAAAUCAAUUCUGCCUUAUUUUUAUCAGAAUAGAGGUCAUGCCUGGGUAUGCAACUUCCAUCUUACGUUACGAUUGCGGUAACUUGCUUGUCGUGGAACCUAUUCACAAGCUACUGAGAGUGGAUACAGUGCAUGAUGUUCUUCUUUUCCUUUAUAGUAAUUACAAAGAAGACUUUAAAACAAAGGCCCUCAAAGAACUAGUUGGGCAAAUUGUUAUGACCAGGUAAUGUACUAAUUAUGCCCCAAAAACCCAACUAAAUGAUUAAAAUGUAAAAUAUUCUGAUAGAAUUAAGAAACAAUUAUAUAAUUUUAUUUUUUAUCAAUAAAAAUCAAAUAUCUUCAAAAGUUUUUUUGGCAGUCUUAAAAAACAAUUAUUUUACUCUACAGAUAUAACAACAAAACAUAUCGGAUUGAUGACAUUGAUUUUAGGGCCUCUGCUAUUGAUAAGUUUGAAAAAAAUGGAGAAGAAAUCAGUUUUCAAGAGUAUUAUUCCAAAGUAAGUCUUAUCAGUAUUUCAGCUUGCCCAAUAAUAACUUUACUUUUCUUGCUAGCUAAUCAAAAUGAUGAGAGAAUCCCUGGAAAUUAAUUUCUGGAAAUUAAAACAUUUCAACUUGUACUAAUUUAAAAAACUCAAAUGUUUUUGAGACAUUGUUUUUGUUCAUUAAAGUUUGUCUUUAAUCUUUAUUGUGCAGUUGAUCUAGUAUAAGUAGAUCUAGUCUGAUGUUUUUCUCAUUUGUGUUUCCUAUCAGGUGUUUGACUGUUAAAAUAGAUGAAUGCAACAAUCUUUUAAAUUUAGAGCUUCAUUGUAAAUGUUAAGUUUUAAUAUUUGCAAAUGCUGUUAGGUAUAAAUGUUUAAUUUAUAAUUUCUCUUUUUUAUACAAACCAACCUGAUUCUAAUUUAUUAUUUGUUUCUGGUAGAUCUGGAAUUUAGAAAUAAGGGAUCCAAAACAACCAUUGUUAUUAAGUAAGCCAACAGAAAAGGAUUUGAGAAGAGGGGAAAGACAGAUAGUUAGGCUAGUUCCUGAGCUGUGUGUUCUUACAGGUAAGUAAAUUAACUUAUUCUAAAAAAAUGUAUGUGUACACGUAAGGUGGAGCUUUAUUUAUGUAUUUUUUUUAAAGUAACUAUGCCACUACUGAACAUUUAGGAAAUUAAGGUUAAAUUACCAUAAGUUGAUCAGUCUAAAAAGAAUUUAGUUGUCUAGCUAGCUAAUUUUUGCAGAUUACAGGUACAUUUAAAUUUUAUCAUUUAAUGAUUUUUUUCAAAAACUUUGCUGUGUUCUUUUAAUCGCUAGGUUUAGGGGACAAAGUCAGGUCUGAUUAUAAAGUCAUGAAAGAUCUGGCUGUGCAUACUCGCCUAGAUCCAUCGUCCAGAAUCAAGCUUAUUCAAAGUCUACUUGAUAGAAUUACUAGGUAAUAUUUUAAUUGAUUUUUCUACAGAUACAUGACAUAGUUUUUGCAUGUUAAAUAUGAAAAAUCUUUCAAUAGCAUGUCUGUUACAUGCCUUUAUAUGGUUACACAAAUAUAAUUUGUGUUAAUAUUGACUUGUUAGAUGAACAAUACAUGGCAAAGGGCUGAAUACCUAUAUACAAAGAAAAAUGAUACCAAAGCUAUAUACAAAUAUACAUAUAUAAAAACUAUUUUAACUUACAGCACAGCAAGUGAAAAAGUUAAUACUAGAAAGGUACAAAUAUUAAACCAAACACACAGUGAAAAUCUAGUCUUGUAAGGCUCCUAUAAAGGUAAGUCUUGUAAAUUCUGCUGUUCAGUCGACCGGUUUAUUUAUAGUGAGGGAGUCGAAACCCUCCAGAAAAAGUCUUGAAAUUCAAAUUACCAGAUUGCAUUUCUCCCUCUACUGGAAAUGUAAACAAACUUUUCCAAUCAAGGGCGGUGAGGGAAAGGAGUGCCCAGAGUUAAUUGGUGAUGUCAAAAACAAAGGGGGGAGGUAGGGUUGCAUGCCAAGGCUCACAAACUAACAUGUCAACACACAGGCUAUAACUUACCUCAUUUUCAGAAACCCAUGGCUACAAAACCCUUGUAGUGGGAACAUAUACAAAAUAAUAUUAACUUAUUCUCAUCAUUCCACUGGAGCAUUUCAAAUUAUGUGAACAAAGAUUAAAAGUAUCUUAUUAGUGUGCAUUUAACCCUUUGAAGCUUCUGGCCAUCUCCAUGCUCCUGUGUUCCCAAGGAAAGUUAACACUGACCUGCAAGCAAACGAAAUUUCAUUAUGUUAAAAUAUGAACUUUAUUUAACUGAACUUAAAUUUGUUUUCAAAUGAACCAUUUUUAUUAUAAAAGGUAUCACAAGGACAACAUUGUCUUAAAAUCGUAUCAUAGCAGAGAAGACAAUUUUGAUGAAAUCUGGGCUAGGAGUAAACCUGGCCCUGGGCUACGAGUAAAUCUGGCCCUGCUAGGAGUAAACCUGGCCCUGCUAGGAGUAAACCUGGCCCUUUCUUGAUUAUAAAAAGCACACGUUCAAUCCCCAGCACUAAUCCAAGUCAAUUAUUAGUUGUCACAAGUAAUGCCCAUCUAUUUGCUUUCAUUUAAUGUUUAUUCCAAAUUCCAUCAUAAUCUUCGCUCUGGUUUAGUGUUUUAGCACAGCAGUUGCAGAAACAUGACUGAAAAUAUAAAAAAAAAAUAACAGCUUCAUGGGCAUCACCAAUACAUUAACAUCAUGACAGUAUUCAUCUUGCAAAAAGGAUAGGGACGUUCAGGUUCUGGAUUUAAUUUUGAUGUCAUAUUAGAUAUAAUCUGAGAAUUUAUCAUCCAAGAAUAAAACAUCACCAAUAGUAUAGAAGCUCAGCUUUGGUCCAUGUAGUAUUAAAAGUAAACAUUAUGAAGUUUGGUGUUUUGAAAUCCUUAUUAUUCCAGUUUUAAUAUAGUUCUCACACAUUUAUCAUCUACUAAAAGCCUUUUAUAGCAAUGACUUGUUUUCAGUUCUGAUAAAGUGGCUGAAAUCCUUGAGCCUUGGCACAUAAAAAUCAGCAAUACAAUGAUGAACUUAGAUGGCCGACAGUUGCCUGCAGAAAAGCUCUUAGUGAAAAAUCAAACGGUAAGUCAUACUAAGAAAGAUAAAAACAAUUCCCAUGGCUACUGUUUUUCUUGUACUGAACUAUAAAAUCUCAUUUUGAUGAAAAAUUAUUUUGUGAAAUGUGUCUUUGUAAUGUUAACUAAUUAAUUCUAGGCGCUAGCUAUUUCCAGAGUUUUUUAUUUUAUAUAUUUUUAGGAGAUCAUUCCAUCAAAACUUAAAACUUAAUUUUCAUAACUACUGUUUUGGAACGAAAACUCCUAUACUGAUAUCCAUUGGCAAAUAAAUAUGUAUUUAUUGCUGUAUUUGUUCAUUUAUUUGUUCCUGUUUUUUUUUUCCAUUUGCUUGAACUUAACAAUUUAAUUAAAAUGACUUUUUCUUUUAAUAAUCAUGCAUUUGUAUAUUUAUUUUCUUUUAUAUAGGGCCUAAAUUUUUAGCCUUCAAAAAUAUUUUUGGAUUUUCUGUAAACAAAAUUUUAAUUAAUUGUAAAGCUUAGUACAGCUGAGAUUUAAAAAAAAAUAUUUUUUUAGUAGAACAUAAAAAUGUAGUAAAUUUCCCUUGAAACAAAAUCUAUCCAGGGAGGCAUGACACAUAUAUCAUAUAAUGUCAAAGAAGCUGAUUGGAGUCAGGGAAUGCGUAAUAUCUGUCUUUUGAAUCCGGUUCAUAUGGAUAAGUGGCUGAUCAUAUAUCCAAGACAAAGUGCUACUACCUCAAAUGAAUUUUCCAACUGCCUUUUUAAAGUUAGCAGACAAAUGAAAAUGAGGAUUGCUGAGCCUGUUGUGUAUGUAUUUGAAUUAAUUUUAUAUAAGAUUUAUUUUAUAAACUUUGCCAAUCAUAAAUUUAGAUUUAAUUAUUUUUGUUGAAAAUACCUAACUUCUAAUCCAACCAAGCACAAAGAAAUCAAUAGUUGAUUCUUAAGUGCCAUGUGUGGUACAUCCCACAUGUUUUUUAUAUUGGCAAAACUGUGCAGGCUAAGCCUUUGCAGAAAUGAAAAUAACUGGUUAUGUGUUAAAGUGAGCUAAUCAAAAGGAUCUAACACCACUUUUGCUAUUCUAUCGCCAGCAUUAGUUUUUUAAAAUAUUUUUUUCCCCACUUCAAUGUAACUAAGGAUUCUUUUUUUCCAAAUUUGAAUGAGUGACUCAGUGUCUUCCCAAUACAGAGUUGAGCUUCCUGAUGACCGCAAUGAUGCAUACCUACAGGCCAUCAAGCAUAAUCUUUCCAAUACGGUUCAGAUGGUGGUCUGCAUAGUCCCCAAUGCCAAAAAGGACAGAUACGAUGCAAUUAAAAAAUGCUGCUGCAUUGACAAUCCUGGUGAGAUAUUCCUCAGGGGAAUUAAGAUGUUAAAUAUGUUAUUCAUUUUGUGUGCAUAGUUCUGGGGUGGAGUUGACUAAGCUAUUGCCGCUUUUAAGGGGUGGAUUUAAGUGGAAUAAUUCGGAAUAGGUGAAAAUCCAGACUGACAGAUAGGUGAAAUUUUGGUUGAGUUUUUUUGUUUUGAUUGGAAGUCACUUAUUCUUUUUAUGAGAGCAAUAAAGCAUUUUGAUUACUAUGAGCAUACAUCUACCAAUCUUCUGAAGACAAAGACUUUUCACGUAGUUCCCAAAUCUAACACAGGUCCACAAAUCCAAUUAGUAAAUUGAAAAGCCUGUACAAGAGUAAAAAAUAUAAUUACUAUUUUUCAACUUUAUGAAUAAUCCACAAACUCCCUGCUUUUUACUUCAUUCUAGAUUUCUUUUCAAAUACCAAUUAAAAAAAGUAUGUGUCUGACAUUUUAAAAUAUAUAUAUAUAAAAUAGGAUAUUACGAUUGAGUAUUUCUGCAAUAGUUUUUAUUAAGCAUUAUAGAAUCUCUGACUUCUGUGAGCUUAUAAAACUUUUAAGACUAUAGGUAUUCACAUGAAUAGUGUUAAUGUUUUUAAUGUGGCAUGCUUGUGUAACCUUCUGCUUCAGUCCCUAGUCAAGUUGUCCUGGCCAGGACCCUUGACAAGAAGAAAAGCUUGAUGAGUGUGGCAACAAAGAUUGCCAUUCAGAUGAAUUGUAAAAUGGGCGGUGAAGUCUGGGGUGCAGAAAUACCUGUGAGUAUUAGAAUAAUUUUCAAAGAAAGUCAAGACCCAAGCGUUCAAACUAUAGGCUUGGAUAACAGAAAAAUACCCAAAACGUGUUAAUACAUUGACAACAUUUUUAUUCAUCUUUUUACAAAAGUUAUUCAACAAAUAUGUUUUUGUGAUAUUAAAGGUUGUCACCCACCUUUUUCAACCUUUCUUUCUACUCCCAUUUGCAUCUUGUUUGUCCAGCGUAAUUUUUUGUUGAUGCACCUGACCCUCUCGUUAUUAGUUAUUCAGUCUCCUAAUGCUGACUUGUAAACUUGUAAAGUUGCAUAUGAGUCGAUGAGUGCAGCUCUGGCUUGCUGGGUUGAGGGACUGGGUUAGGGGUGGUGAGGGAUAGGGAAAUAAUAAAAGGUGAUUUAAAAAAAAGCCAACAACCCGACCCCUUCGCUUGCAAUAACCAUCUGUCCUAACUGUAGGACUUUGGGAUUGGAGGGGAAAGUGUUGGCACAGGGCAUUUUGCCAGUUAGACUCUAAUUAACGAAUGGCCAGUACUUGUUUGCUCUUCACCCAGCAUCAAACUAGAAAGAAGUUAAGUCACUAUACCAGGGAUUUUGUGAGCAUCCUUUGGUAAAAAAAUUCCUCUUGUGGAUACUUAACAGCUUAAAAUUUUCAUAAUAAAGAGUAUAAGAAAAAUGUUUUGACGACUUUUUAAAAAAAGAAUUACUUUCAAGGACAAGUUUAAACUUAAACGCAAUAAAAGGUAGAAAAAUAAUUUUCUUAAAAUUAAUUAAGCAAAGAAACUCUGUGCAGAAAAUAUUUUCAAAAUUUAGUAGGAAACAAACAUAUUUAUAGAUUUCUCUACAUUUAAUUGGAGUCUUUUGGCUUCAUAGAGUGCCUUACAAGAGUAAGGACGAGAGAGUGACGUUGACGUUGCGCAACUCUUCCUCACUUUAAACAAAGUCAGCCGCGCAAGUCAUCAGUCAUCCAACACCCAUCAUCCCAAGUCCUGUUGGCAAUGGGCAGGCUCUCCUAAAUGCAUGAGGCAAGGGCUAGAAUACAUGCCCAAAACAUUGCCUGCUCCUUCACAUCCUGGCCGGCUAAACACGGUCAGUGGGGACCCAAUUUUUGCUGUCGAAAGUCAAAGAUAAACUAUUUCAUUUAAAAUUGCCACAUCGAACAUCCGCACACUGCUUGACAGGAACAAUACAAACAGCCCUCAACGACUCACAGCCCUCAUGUCCAUGAACUUGAAACUUCCCCUCUGCCAUGGAAAGAAGGCUGUGACUUUAGUCAGUGCCUAUGCACCCACCAUGACAAAACACAGAAGAGACCAAAGAUAAGUUUUAUGAAGACCUGAACACUGUCAUCUCCUCCACACCAACUGCUGACAAACUCAUCAUUCUUGGAGAUUUCAAUGCACAUGUCAGCAGUGACUACACCUCCUGGAGGGGAGUGAUAGGGAAGUAUGGUAUUGGAAAGUGCAAAAGCAACGGCCUACUGCUACUUCAGACCUGUGCUGAACACGGCCUUCUAAUAACAAACACCACUUCAGCCUGCCUACGCGCAACAGGACCUCCUGGAUGCAACCCCGUUCAAAACACUGGCACCUAAUAGAUUAUGUCAUCAGAAAGAGGGACCGGUAGGACGUGAGAGUGACUAAGGCCAUGUGCGACGCAGAAUGCUGGCCGGAUCACCGCCUCAUCAUCUCAAAGAUGAAAAUUCACAUCCAACCUAAGAGACAACCUCAGGUCACCAAAGCUCCGAAACACCUCAACAUCAGUAGGCUGAAGAUCUCUGAUGUGAGACAAACCUUUGUUGACACCCUGAAUGAACACCUUGAUACCAUCACAUUGGACAAUCGGGAUGCGGAAACAGCGUGGACCACACUUCUUGAGACGGUGUAUAACACAGCCGCUGAGCACCUCGGACCCUCUAACAGGAAGGACAGGGAUUGGUUUGAUGAAAACAACACAGCGAUCCAAAUGCUACUUGAGCAAAAACAUCGGGCGUACAAGGCCCUCCAUGAUGACCCAAUGUCAACAGCAAAGACAGCUACACUGAGGAGCAUCCGUAGCAAGGUACAGUUGCAACUGCGCCAGAUGCAAGACUCCUGGCUGAGUGCAAAAGCUGAUGAGAUUCAGGGCUUUGCAGACAAGAAAGACGUGAAAAACCUCUACAGUGCACUAAGAGAAAUCUAAGGAAUAACUACCUCAGGCUCUUCCCCUCUCCAUCACAAACAAGGAGAAAAUCAUGGAAAGAUGGGCGGAACAAUUUGAUAGUGUGCUCAAUGCGUCUUCCAUCAUUAAUGAUGAGGCCAUUGAAAGACUGCCCCAGGUACCAACGAACAAGUCACUGGAGGCUGUCCCAACUUUGGUUGAGAUACAGACAGCAAUCCGCCAAAUGUCCAAUGGCAAAGUACCUGGUUCCAACAUGAUUCCUGCCAAAAUCUACAAAGAGGGUGGACCAGAAUUGACGGAUAAGCUAUUGCUUCCAUUCUAGAUCAUUUGGCAGACGGAAACUGUACCACAGGACCUCAAAGAUGCCUCAAUUAUCCACAGGUACAAACACAAAGGAAACUGCCAGGCCUGCGAUAAUUACAGCGGAAUUUCACUGCUGUCCAUCACAGGAAGAUCUUGGCCCGAGGCCUUCUGAACCGCUUGAAUGCACACCUGGAGUUAGGUCUCCUACCAGAAAGUCAAUGCAGUUUCCGCAAAAAACGCGGAACAAUCCAUAUGGUGUUUGCUGCCAGGAAGCUUCAAGAGAAAUGUCAGGAGCAUAAUACAGACCUAUAUUCAACAUUUAUGGACCUGAAUAAGGCUUUUGACAGGGUCAAUAGAGGUGGCCUGUGGAAAAUCAUGAAGAAGAAUGGAAGCCCAGACAAGUUCACCAACAUCAUCCGUCAGCUGCAUGAUGGCCCGAGUACAGGACAACGGUCAGUUAUCUCAAGCAUUCCCCGUCACAAACGGUGCGAAGCAGGGCGGUGUCCUGGCUCCCACACUCAUCAGUAUUAUGUAUUCUGCAAAGCUGUCUGAUGCGUUCAAGGACUCCACCAUGGGCUUGCCGAUCCAGUUACGCACCGAUGGAUCAGUCUUCAACCUUAGGAGGCUUCAAGCUAAAACCAAGGUCAAACAUUACACAAUCAACGAGCUUCUGUUUGCGGACGAUUGUGCCCUCAAUGGUGCCUCAGAAGCCGUCAUGCAACACAGCGUUGUCUUUCUCUGGGGCCUGCAUUACUUUGGCCCCCACAAUCAACACAAAGAAGACUGAGGUGAUGUAUCAGCCAGCUCCCAGUAAGCCCAAGUUGAACCCAACAUCAUCAGUGGGCAGUGUCUCAACGCGGUGGAUAAAUUUAAUUACUUGGGCAGCAUCCUCUCCAGUUCUCUUGUCAUGGAUUGAUGAAAUGAAUGGCAGACUCGCAAAAGCUAUUGCCAUUUUUGGCAGGCUCCGCAGCACUGUUUGAGACAGGAGAGGUUUCAGACGAGAAACGAAGAUCAAGGUCUAUAGAGCAGCAGUCCUCUCGACAUUGAACAACGGAUGUGAAACGUGGACAGUCUACCAGCGUCAGGCCAAGAAACUGAACCAUUUUUACACAACCUGCCUCAGGAAACUCCUCGGCAUCAGGUGGAAAGAUAAAGUUCCUGACAGAGGUUCUCGCUAGAGCGAACCUACCUAGUAUCGUCACCACCCUGUUGCAGUCUCAACUCCGUUGGAUGGGACACGUAGCCCGUAUGGAAGACCACCAGCUCCCAAAACAGAUAUUCUUCGGAGAACUCAUGAUAGGCAAGCGCUCCCAAGGAGAUCAAAAAAAGCAUUACAAAGACUCACUGAAGGCUGCACUAAAGGCCUUCAACAUCAACCCUACUAAAUCGGUGUAGAUACUGCCAGAACAGAGCCAGGUGGAGAGCAGAUGUCAAGAAGGGGGCUAAAUCUCAUGAAGGCAGUAGGAUAACCACAGCUGAGACACGCAGACUAGCAUGAAAGAGCAAUAUUAGAUCACCGACUGCAGCAACUAUCCCCUGCCUGCAGUACCAGAGAUUAUUCUGAGCACGGAUCGGACCAGCAAGCGACCUACUACAAGGUCAUUGUACCCCAUCCUCCCCCCCUAAUGGGAUGACUCGAUACUCCUAGUCAAUUUUGAAAGAUGAACAACAUAAGAGUAAGAAUUUUAAGAAACUUAUUUUCUGAAUUUUAGUGCGUUUAAAAAUUUGUUUUUUUAAUGUCUCAUCAAAAAAGGUUUUCAUGUAUGUAUUUUUUAUUUAUACUUUUAUAUUUAUUUAAACAAGCAAAGGUUAUCUACAAAUCUUUUUAUGAAUACAUUUUGUCUAUUUGGGAUGUGUGCCUAACAUAAAUAUUAUGAAUUGUUUUUUUAAUAUGUACUAAAAGAAUUUUUCAUCCACUGUUCCAUUCAGGUGCAAGGUUUGAUGGUGGUAGGUGUUGACACCUAUCAUGAUUCUUCUCAUAGGAACCAGUCAGUAGGAGCUCUGGUGGCCUCCUUAAACAAAGAAUGCACCCGCUACUACAGUAAGACAGAAUAUCAUCCGACUAAGGAUGAAUUAAUGAGACAUCUUCAACCACUUCUGACAAGUAUUAUUUUAGUUGUAAUUCAUGUAUAGUUAAUGUUCCAAUAAUGUUUGUUCUGCUUUGCAGCAUCUCCCAACAGCUAAUCUUUUGGAUGCAUGUUCCAAUAAUGUUUGUUCUGCUUUGCAGCAUCUCCCAACAGCUAAUCUUUUGGAUGCAUGUUCCAAUGCUCCAGCACUUUGGCAGUUUUCUGAUUCGUGCUAUUCAUGACAGAAUAAAAGCAUCAACUUGAUGUCUAUGCUUCUUUCCUUAUAAAAUUUAUAUUUAUAAAACUGCUGAUCGUUCAUUUAUUAUCGAUCACUCAUUCUUUUCCUGAACGAGGUGACUCUUCCAGCAGAUCGGGUCUUUGGUAAAAAAAAAAUUAAAAACGCUAAAGACAUUUAAAAAUAGGUAAUGCCAAGAUACUCCUCAUCAAAUCUGUCUUACUUGAGGUAACAUUCUGACCCAACCUGUCAUAGUCUCCUUAAGAGAGGACUAACUGUGACAAUUUUUAAACCAAAUGUUGUGGAGUAAAAGAGCUGUGUUAAAAAUGCUUUCUAAAAAGUGUCCUUCAACUCCUCACUGAGUAUGGAUGACAGAAUUUGUACUUUGUAUGAAACACUACUCCAGUAUUUCGUUGAAGAUGCUGCACACUCAAGCCAAGCAGACACUUCCUUAUUUUCUGUAUUCAUUUUUGUUCUUUCUAAAUUUAAAUAAAAUAAUUAGUAGCAGUCUAAACAUUGCAGGAUUACAGGGGACUUUCCAGCAUCUGUUCUGUUAAAAUAUAUCAAUAAAACACAUUAAUAGACCUGUUUACUCUUACGAUUUUGGCAUAAAUAUGUAUGAUUUUGAGGUUUCUUUUACAGUUGUAUGCCAAAACCUAAAAUUGUAUGCCAAUUCAGCUGUGAAUGGAUUGUGUACGGGUGUGCUGGGGAGGGGAGUCUAAAUAUUUAAUUGCAUAAAAUUAACAGUACGGUACCACAGAUGACAUUGCAGUGUAUAGGACGAUCGCCAACAGAUCUGACCAGGACCAGCUACAACAGGACCUCAAUCUGUUAGCUGAGUAGGAGAUGAGCUGGGACAUGGCAUUUCACCCUGCCAAGUGCCAGACACUAUCAGUCUCUUGAAGUUGUUCUCCUUUACACUACCAAUACGAACUGCACGGCCAUAUACUUGAGCAUGUUUCCUCUGUAAAGUACCUGGGUGUUACCAUUCAAAGAGAGGUCCGCUGGGACGAGCAUAUUAACAAUGUAUGUAACCAAGCAAACAAGACCCUGGGGUUCUUAAGGCGAAAUCUCAAGAUUGGCAACUCCUGUGUGAAAGAAAGAGCAUAUAAAGCCUUUAUCCAUCCGAUUUUAGAUUAUGCAUCUUCAGUCUGGGACCCAUUUACCCAGAAGAGCAUUGACAGGUUGGAAGCGGUCCAGCGACGAGCAGCACGCUUUGUCCUAAACCGCUACAGGAAUACCUCUAGUGUUGGCAGCAUGCUAGAAACACUAGGCUGGUCACCAUUGGAAGAACGACGACGACAAUCCAGGCUCUCCAUGAUGUACAAGAUAAUGGGCUGGUCCACUGUUCCAGUAUUAAACAGAAACUGGUCCCUCUCCCCCAUAGACAGCGACGAGGCCAUGACAGGCAAUUCAGGCUCAUACCAGCAAGAAUCCAGUAUAGGAGCAACUCAUUCCUGCCCAAGACAAUCAGGGACUGGAACAAUCUUUCAAAAGGAACGGUUGAGGCGACAACACUAGACACAUUUGUGUCUAUUGACACAUUUGUGUCUAUUGACACAUUUGUGUCUAUUGACACAUUUGUGUCUAUUGCCUCAAGCCUUCAAACCCCUAGUGCAUGAUUUCCUCAUCUACACCAGUAACAGAAACAUUGCAAAUCCCAUCUACAUGCAUAGGAGCCAAAAUGAUCAAUAAAUUGAUCGUGGGCCCUUAAGAUAUAUAAGAAGAAGAAGUUUUUUUUUAAAGAUUUCAUUUUUAAAAAAAUUAAUUCUUAUUUAAAUAAAUCUUAUUUCAUGUUGAUCUGACUUUGAGUUUGAAUUUAUUAAUUAUAAAUACUGUAUACUGUUAGGAAACAGAUAUACAUAACAAUUGUUGUGAUAUUCAAUUUCAUUAUUGAUUUAGGUGCACUAAAGAAAUAUCACAGUGUCAAUGAAAAUCUGCCAAGAAAAAUCAUUCUCUUCAGAGAUGGGGUGGGUGAUGGCCAGCUUAAAACCGUAUUUAAUGCAGAGUUUGAACAGGUUGAAUCUGCUUUGAAAGACGCAGGUGGACGAGAGUACAGGUAAUAUAUAAGCAUAUUUUCGUAUGUUCAAUUUACAAGCACAUGUUAAACAAGUUAACGUGAAGUACUAGUGUGAAGGAAAACAAAUGGCAUUGUUUGUUGUGCUCCGUGUUGCAAAUUCCUCGUCGUAUCCAUUAGGUGAUAGCUACACCUAAGAAAGAGCAGAUGUCAAAUAUUACAUACAGGAAGUAAUCCUGAUGAUAAAUAUGCAGUUUUGGUAGCAAAUAUUUUGUGUUUUAGUGACAUAUGGGUAAGUGUUACAUCGAUUAGUUUUUUAGGGUUCAGCUUCCAAGUGGUGCCAUAAUGAGCAAUUUCAUGGCUAAAUAUUCUUGACCUGCUUUAUCUUUUCAGGCCAGGCCUUGCCUUCAUUGUUGUGAAGAAACGCAUCAACACUCGACUGUUUGCCCCUGAUGGAAAUCCAAGUCCUGGGACUAUUGUGGACCAGAAAAUCACCAAACCAAAUUGGUAAUUAAAAUUACAGAUCACACUAGGUUCACAUAUUAGUUAUUAACAAUUUUUCAUACUUUGCUCUAUGGGGCUGAUAAUAUUCAGUACAUUGCAGAUUGGCAUAUCAAAUUGUUGUUCUCCAAACACACAAACGUUUCAGACAUUUUUUAAACAUUUUACUUGACGGAUUCUCAUUCUGGCAAACCAAACUGGUCAGACUGCAACUUUCUUUUUCCAACGUUAUUGUUUAAGAAUGUACAACAAAUUCCAUUUCAGUUUUUCCUACUUUUUAAUACAAUUAAUCAAUGUAAUCAAAGAGAAAAAAAGUUCAUUCAUCUUAAGAUGAAUUAACUUUUUUUGUCUUUGAAUCUUAAUAAAUUUUUUCCCUCCAGUAAUUGAAAUAAAGAUUUUAAAAUAGAUUUGUUUUACUUGACAAUAUUAUAUCAAUAGUAUAAUAAGUCUGCCCAGUUUCUGUUUUUGGAUACAACCAGGGUUUAUUCUUAAAAGCUGUCCCUUUGCCUGCUCUUCCCACAAGAAAUAUGUAAAGUGUAGACAGAAAAAGUCUCCUGAACUAAUAGCCCAUAAAAUUGAUUUGAUAAGAGAAUAAUAUUACUAAAUGUUUACCAAACAUGAAGUAUAGCUGUCAGACAUGGAAAGAUAGUUGUUACAGAUAAUGAAUGCAUACAAUUUUUAUAGUCUUUAUAAACCAAUAAUUUUAAACAUUAAAUACCAGUACCAACAUGCAAUUUCAUUUCAUCAGGUGUAAUUUAGUAGUAAAAAAUUAUAGGCAGCAAUUUUAACAGACUUACCAAUUAUUACCUUUUUAUCUUAAAUGUUUUACCCGUUUCUUUGUCCAGAAGAAGGUUUAUGGCCAAUAGAUUUGUUGUGUAUUAGUUCUUUCCUCAAGCUUUCCUAUAACGUCGGCUACAUUUUUCACUUAAAACAACUUAAUGGCAGUGUUUCUAUAACGGGUAUUAUAAACUAAAUUAUAAACACCAAAUGCAACAUUUAAAGACGUACAAUUUUUAUUAUUAUUUGAUUACUUUUAAAUGAAAGGCCUUAUUAUUUUAUGAUCGUGAGCUGUUGCUCUAUAAGUUUUAAAAGUCUUUAGGAGUGCUCUUUUUAUUUCAAUUAAUACGUAUCCAUUAUUUCUUUAAGAUUUUAGUGGUUUUUUUUAAACUGAAAGUACAAAUUCUGGAACCCAUUGAAUACAGAUCAUGUGAAAUCUAUUUAAGAUGACUUGGGAAUAAGUGAAGUAACAUUGAUGUUCACCAUGAAAAAUAGCAAAGCCCCAACUUAUCACAGCAGAACUGAUAAAACUAGGUGGAAACGAACUGCAUAGGCAAACGCAUGACCCCAGAGUAUGACAGGAGGAAGAAAUGCCAAUAGAAUGUGGUACUGUGCUCAUAAUCCCAACUCACCAAAAAAUGUAUCUAAGCUGGAUUGCUCAAAUUGUAGAAAAAUCUCCCUACUUAAUGAACUUACAAAAUCCUCACUAAACUUAAGCAAGAAAUUUGGAGAGGUACCGGAUAGUGAACAGAUCCUAGGGGACUUAAAAUGUGGAUUCCGUCAGAAUAGAUCAACCACAGAUCAUAUUUGAUGUCUCCUGGAAAAAUGCUAUGAAUACAUCAAGAAACACAAACUAUAUGCAGACUACAACACAGGUUAUGAAGGUUAUGAUAGCGUAGAAAGGAAAUGCCUUUACAAUGCUUUACAGCAGGGGUCUCCAAAAUUACGGGCAGCAAGGCCCUCUAAUCCGAUCUGUGAGACCUUUCUGUCUGCGGAAAAAAAUUACGGAAAUUUACGUGUAUCAAGGCGAUCAGUAGUGCGUUAUGUUUUCCAACCGAUCACUACAUUGCAAAACCUUAUUCGCUGCUUAGUUUUUCUACUUCCGUUCAGUCUAAGAGAUGAUAUAACGCCAUCUAGUGGCAGAGUUUUUAAAUGGUUUGCUGCUUGCCAGUUGCGGUUGACUGCUGCGAUGAGGAGGUGUUGGUGUUAGUUGGCGUCUGAUUGAGAAACAUGUUGCUCUCUAUUUUAUUUAGUGAUAAUUUCCUUCGCGUAAUUACUUAUCACUGUGUUUAAAGUAUUGCGAAUGUCAAAGUUUAGUCAGAAAUUUUGGAAAAUUCUGAAGAGGAAACAUUAAAAGCAACAGCCUCUCUACCAUAAGUAGAUAUAUUUGCACACUAUAUUCAGGUAAGUUUAACUUGAGAAAUCAUUUUUUUUUAAAUUUAAUAGUUUUGGGUUAUUUUGCAGCUAUAAUUGUGACAAAAUUAGUUGACAUAAUCAGGUUUUUUGAGUGAUUGUGUGUCCAAGAUAUUUUCAGUUUCACUGUUCAUUCAUGUUGAAUUCCCUUUAUUUUAGUUCCCAGUGAUGGCCGAGCAGAGGAAAAGGAAAAUAGAUGAUGAGUGUCGGCUAUUUCAAGAAGAAUGGAGUUUGAAAAACUUCUUCAUCAAAUCCGGCGAGAAAGCUUUAUGAGUGAUUUGCAACAACACUGUGGGUGUGAUAAAAGAAUACAACCUGCACCGUCAUCGGCAAAGCAAACAGGAGAAAUAUUCACAGUUGGAGGGUAAAGUCUGUGUGGAAAAAUUUUCUAAAUUACAAAAUCAACUCACAUCUCAGAGGACAUUGUUCAGUAAACCCUCAAAUGAAAAUCAAUCCUUAACUAAGGCCAGUUAUAAAGUUGUCUACAUCCUGGCUAAAAGUGGCAAACCAUUUAAAGCAGAUGGUGAAGUAGUGAAGGAAUGUUUGUAUGUGUUGCCUGAGGUACUUUGCCCAGAAAAGUUAAAACAAUUUGAAAAUGUAGCUUUGGGUGCAAAUACCAUUGUCCGCAGACAUGGGUGAAAACAAUGUGACUCAACUAGCAAAAAAUGCGAGCAGGUUUCACCAUUUUUCAAUUGCAAUGGAUGAAUUGCUGUGACAGCUGUUUCACCUCUCAACUGCUUGUCUUCAUUAGAGCUGUGGAUGAAGACAUGAAUACAACUCAAGAGCUGGCAUGUAGGGACGGCACUGUUACCGGAGAUGAUGCAAUGAGUUGAAAAAAAUAUUUGCUGAUUAUAACUUGGACUGGAAUAACCUGUUGCCUGACUGUUGAUGGAGGAAAGAAUAUAAGUGGCAUAAAUAAAGGCUUGGUUGGAAAAGUGAAGCAGAUGUGUAAUGAGAACAAAAUUCUAUAACAAAUGUUCCUGCACUGUAUUAGUAUUAUUCACCAGCAAGCCUUGUGUGCUAAAUAUGUGGACAUUGUACUGAAUACUGUGGUGAAGAUGUUGAAUUUAAUUAGGUCACAUGGGCUCAACCAUAGACAGUUCAGAGACCUGUUGAAAGAUACAGACACAGAAUCGCAAGACUUACCAUAUUACACAGCAGUAAUAUGGCUAACUUGUGAGAAAGUUCUGAGCAAAGUAUUUAAGUUAAGAAAGGAAGUAGGUGACUUCCUGGAAAAUGAAGGCAAGCCAUUGCUGUCUGAUGAAGAGUGGGUAUGGAAAAUGGCCUUUGCUUCAGACAUAACUAAUCUGGAUUAUGGAAGUGUACACAUUGUAAUGAUGAAAUCAUUUAAAUUUUCUGAACCUAAAACUACAAUGAGAGGAAAAUCUAGUUUCUGAUCUAUACACCCACCUAAGGGCAUUCAGAUCCAAACUCGUAUUGUUUUGGAACAAGUACAGGGUAACAACUUGACACACUUUCAACAGUGAAAGGUCUUCAUGGCUGAAGCAACAGCGAAGUUCCUGUCAUUUGCAUGUGAGAUCAUUAAAGACCUUCAGCUGCAUUUUCAGCAGCGGUUUUCUGACUUUGACUCAAAGGCAAAAGAAGUGAGACUGUUUCAAAACCCAUUUGAAGCAGAUGUGGCCAGUUGCACAGAUGAACUGUAGCUGGAGGUUAUUGAGUUGAAAGCAAAGACCUCCUUAGGGACAAGUUCAAAGGAGGACUGGUGGGUUUUUACCCAAGGAAGACUUUCCUAAUGUCAAAAUUUCACCAUUCCACUAAUACAGGUGUUCACGUGUAGUGUAUCAAUGUGUUACUACAUAAUAACUGAAUAAAAUAAUAUUAAAUAAAUAAUUUUUAAAAAAUCCAUGUUCGAUUCUUUUUUAUUUGGACCUCAAGUGUGUAGUCGGCCCCCGAACUGCUGUUUGAUAGUUAAUGCUAUCCUCGGGCUGAAAAGUUUGGAGACCCCUGCUCUACAGGAACUGUGGAAUCCCUAGCAAACGUAACCAGCUCAUACUCAUGAGUUAACUCCAAAAGUAGAAUCAAAUUACAGGCAGAGUACUUGAGGGAGCUCCCCAUUAAUCAGGGCCUCAGACAAGGAGAUUCACUAUCACUUUAUACAGGUUGGCCCACGAAAAAGUAGCCCGCGUUACUAUAGUAUUACUGGCGGCCUUCCGUAAAGAAAGAAUGAACUUGAAAUGCCAAAAUCUUUACUCACUCUUUACUGCUUUGAAUUGCAUGAUGAAUAUUGUCUUUCAACUGCUGUAAAGUUCUUGGGUUAUUAGCGUACACUUUUCCCUUCAAAUUGCCCCACAGAUAAAAGUAACAAGUUGUUAGGGUCUGGCGAUCUCGGUGGUCACAAUCCUUUGGUGACAAUCUUGUUUUCUGUAAAUGCCUCCUGAAUUCGUGCCAAUGACACGUGUGACAAGUCUCCCCAUCCUGUUGGAAGAAGGUGUACUCGCGUUCUUCCAGCGUCAACUGCUGUAAAAUUCCUCAAGAAUUCUUAUGUACACGCCUCAGGUGUGCGAACGGGCGGGACCCGAUUCUUUUUGGCGUUUCCAACUGACCCUGUCAUACGCCACUUUUUCCACCAACUGCUGUAUUGCACACUUUGCUGGGGAGACCAGCGGCAGGAAACUUUGCAGCAAAAAUGUCCCGCGUUUCCUUAAUGGAACCCGUGAGAACGUACGCCUCCACUAUCGCGAUUUUGUUGUGGAAUGGGAUACAUGUCGCUCCGCUCGUACUCACGUUCGCACCUCUACUGUUCCUUCAACCCGGCAAUACUAUGUCUCUUUUGUCGCCGUUUCCCCAGACUAACAGGACCCGGGGGCAGGGAAGCGUGACGUAAGCCGCCAACGCGGCAUCCCCCAAUAAACUCUGUGGAAGGGAUGGGUUGACAAGGUGCUACGGGGAAGGAUUCGCUCGGCGCGCCACUCUGGCAGGAAGGCGGCUAUUUUUUCGUGGGCCACCCUGUAUAACAAACCAUUGCAGUACCUGGUAUACACGAGUUAUAUAGUGCUACUGGGAAGAAACAGCAAUGAUAUAAAUAAAGCAUUCAGGGAACUUGAGGAUGCUUCGGUCAAAGCUGAUCUGGAGGUAAAUGAAGCAAAGACAAAAUAUAUGAUGUCAAGACAUGCAUACUGAUGACAACAACCACCACACCUUUGAGAGAGUGACUAUUUUCAAAUAUCUAGGGGUGACUACAAUUGAGCACAAUAAAAUAAAGACGGAGGUGAAAGAAAGGAUAACAGCUGGCAACCGUUAUUUCAGCCAAAAAAGCUCCUAGGACGAAAAAACCUCGAGGGAAACAGAAGGCAAUAUGCACUACUAUAAGACUGGUUGUAACUUACGCAAGUGAGACUUGGUCCAGAAAAGCAGAGAACCUGCUCAAUGCAUGGGAGAGGAAAAUCCGCAGGAAAAUAUAUGGUGCGGUGAUGAUAAUAAUAAAGUUUAUUUGAAAAUCACGAGAUGGAUCCACGAUGUAAGAGGACUUAUGCCAGCUGGGGGUUCACACAUGGAGGUGGAAAGCCAUGGAUAGAUCCAAUGGAAAGAGGUGGUGGAGCAGGCCAGGGCCCUUCAAAGGCUGUAGUGCCACUGAUAAUGAAGUAACAUUGACUUAGGUGUCAAAUAAUAUAAAUAUAAGACUUACAAAUUGGUACUAUAUAUGUGUAUUUUCACAUUUUUAAUCUGGCAUCAAGUUUCCCAAUUAUAUAUUUUUAAAAAAUUAGUAGGUUGUAAAUGAACUGUUUAAGCCAGCCUGCGGGCUUAUUAGAAUUAUGAUGUACAUGAAAUAUAAAUUUAUUCAAAGUGUGGCAAGCAGAAAUAAUAAGAAAUUUUUUAAUGCAAAAUAUAGUGUGGAAUCUGUUCUCAAAGUAUCCUGUUUUUUAGGUAUGACUUCUUCUUGGUGUCUCAGUCAGUGAGGCAGGGAACUGUGAGUCCAACAAGCUACCAUGUCAUUUAUGACACUUCUGGCCUCCAGCCCGAUCAUAUGCAACGUCUAACCUACAAGAUGACUCAUUUAUAUUUUAACUGGCAGGUAAAAGUUUUCUUAAAAUUCAAUAUUCCCCACUAAGUCUGCCCUGAGAUCGCCAGUAGUCUGCUUUCUUAAAGUUUGCUGUUUGACAUUUUAGAAAACUCUUUUACAAACAUUUUUUAAUCAAUGAGCCAACAGUGUAUAAUUUGAAUACACAAUUCACAAAAAAAAAACUUGUUAUGAAAAGAUUAAUUUGUUUGUACUUUUCCCAUCACAAGUUAUUGGCUCUUUGAAUAGGUGAAUAAUGUUAAGACUGAUAUUCUGGCAAACAUUCGGAACUGCUCAUUGGGUAUUCAAAUAAUUUUUUUUGACAAUUUACUUUCACCAUAUCUAUUCUUAAAUGCAGGGUUAUUUUAUUUUCAAUAAAAAGUUUAUUUCUUUACAGGAAUGAUUAUUUAGUAGUUAAGCAUGCUGUAAAAGUGUAGGAACUAGCCUUUCACGGUCGUUGAUGUUAUUUUUUUUGUUAUUGGAGCUGUGAACUUAGUCGUUACUGGUACAACAUUCUUAUUGAUCAGUUUUAGCCAGCAGGAGAACACGGUCAAUAAACAAGUCAUAUAAUGAUCAAACUAUUCAUAGAUCCAUAUGCCAAGGAACUUUCUGGCCUUUCUGUUAAAAAUCUAUCUUAUCUCUAGCUUACAAAAAUGUACACAAGGUCUAAAGUCAAGUGUUUAAGCCCUCAUCCAGUCAUCAGUCAGACAUGGCUGAUUUCAACUCAGAAUAGCAGGACAAUAAAUACACUUUCUCAAAACCUAACAAAAAAUAGAAGUCAUGAGAUUAACAAAUCAUCUCAUCCCAUGUAAUCUGACCUUGACAUUCUAGCUAGAGAGUCAAGCUUACACUCAGUCCUAUUUUAACUCCCCACUUUUAUAAUCAAACCUUUUUGUAAAAGCGAUAAUGUGCACGGGGUGGGGGGGGGGGGGGGGGGAGGCUUGUUGUUUAGGGAGAUUUGAAUAUUAAAAUUUCUGGAUAAAAUUAAUUGCAAUUUGUAUUUUUUUAAUCUUAGGGUACCAUCAGAGUGCCUGCGCCUUGUCAGUAUGCCCACAAGUUGGCUUUUCUGCAAGGUCAAUCCCUUCACAGAGAAUUUUCUGGCUUUUUGGCUGACAAGCUCUUCUACCUAUAACUCAAAAUGUUAAAAAAUACAAGCAACCUUUAAAAUAGUUCAGCAAUUUAUUUUUGAAUAAUACCUUCAUAUAAAGUUUUUUCUGACAUAAAAUAACCAUUAAAAAGUGCAACAUAAUAGUUUGCUUACAUUGGAAUAAUCUUUGUAUUACACUACAGCAUCUCAACUUAAUUUUGACAAUUUAAAAUCAAACUUUGAUGGAUUUUAAAAUGUGUAAUCAUCAAUAUAUUGUAAUAUGCUUAUUUCGUGACAUGACAUAAACAAUUUUAUAGCAUCAUGCAAAAUUUCAAAUUGGUUGAUAUCUUAAAAGGUUAACAUUUAUUAUGUGAAUGAAAAUUUGUGAAUGAACACACAAUAAUUUUGUUUAUGAAGUAAAUAAAUUCUCUAAUUUUAAUGCCUCCCUGAAAUACUAGGAUAUCAUUUAGCUUCAACUUUUGACUCUUCUAAAUCUAAGCCUUCUUCUGGUUCUUCUAACGACUUAAUCAUUUGUUUUUGUGCCUUUGAUAUCCGCUUAGCACCCAUUGUAAUGAAAUAAUUGAAAGUAAACAGACCAAAGGAAAGCUGCAAAAAUCUUAGACGGUGCCUCCCAUACUUCAGAUCCAUCAAUGAAAAGAAGGGUUGCUAAGUCAACACCAAUGAGGACAGCUCUUAAACCAUUUUUGGGGGGUAAAUUCUGAUACAAAAUUCAUAUCUCAAGAACUGUUUAACCUAAAUUAAAAUAAUUACCCAAAAUUGUGCAGAAUUCAAUACACUUCAAUUUAUUAAUGGUUACUGCUAAAUUGAAAAUUGGCUUUUUCAAUUUUUCUCGCAUCUCCCCC